AUGGAGAAUUUGGGACGAUUUGAUGUGAUUGUGAUCGGAGCCGGCGUGAUGGGGAGUUCAGCGGCAUAUCAAGCAGCUAAACGUGGUCAAAAAACUCUACUCCUCGAGCAAUUCGACUUCCUACACUACCGUGGAUCAUCUCACGGCGAAUCUCGAACAAUCCGAGCAACUUACCCGGAAUCUUACUAUUCUCCAAUGGUUGUUGAAUCGGAGAAGUUGUGGAGAGAAGCAGAAUCAGAAAUCGGCUAUAAAGUUUACUUCAAAACACGACAACUGGAUUUAGGUCCGGUGGACAAUAGUUCUCUCUGCGCUCUCAUUGCCAAUUGCAAAAAACACACGCUUAAUCACCAAAUUCUCGAUCGUCAUCGAGUGAAGGAACAUUUCACCCGUAAGAUUGAGUUUCCGGAAGAUUGGAUUGCGGUUGUGACGGAGCUCGGGGGUGUCCUGAAACCUACUAAAGCAGUUGCAAUGUUUCAAACACUCGCAAUCAAACAUGGUGCAGUGCUUAAAGACAAGACGGAGAUUGUCGAUUUGGUGAGUGAUAAGCAUAACGGUGGCGUUCUGGUGAGUAGCAGAUCGGGAGAACAGUUUUGGGGGAGGAAAUGUGUGGUCACGGCGGGAGCUUGGGUGAGUAAGUUGAUUCAAAAGGUAAGUAAUGGUAGCAUGGUUUUGCCGAUACAGCCAGUGGAAACAGCUGUGUUUUAUUGGAAGAUCAAAGAGGGUCAUGAACUUGAUUACACCAUAGAAGCAGGAUUUCCAUCAUUUGCAAGCUAUGGCGAGCCUUAUAUCUAUGGAACACCGGCUUUGGAGUUCCCUGAUCUGAUCAAAGUUGCUGUUCAUGGUGGGCGGGAAUGUGAUCCAGAUAAGAGGACAUGGUGGGCUGCUACAGGGUCAGAAGGGGCAACAAUGGUUAUCGGACAUCUUAAAGAAUGGAUCAAAUUAAGGUUUGGUGAUGGAGUUAAUUGGGAAGAUGGGCCAGUGAUUACUCAAUCUUGCUUGUAUUCCAUGACACCAGAUGAGGAUUAUAUUAUUGAUUUUUUAGGAGGAGGGUUCAAUGAGGAUGUGGUGGUUGCCGGUGGUUUCUCUGGCCAUGGAUUCAAGAUGGCUCCAUUAGUUGGGAGGAUACUGACGGAUCUGGCCAUUGGCGGGAAGGCGGCAGCAGAACAACUUGAUGAAGACAUCAAGCAUUUUAAGCUUGGAAGAUUUGAAGGCAACCCCAGAGGUAAUGUGAAAGAGUUUGAAGACCAGGUUCGCCUUGCCUUAGGUAGGCAGUCUUAG